AUGAAUUAUAUAGAAAGAAAUAAAAUUGAAACUAUUUAUAAAGAUGAUUACACAGAUUUUACUAGACUAAGUGACUUUGAAAUUUUUACAAAGGAUAUUUUAGUAAGCUUAAAAAAAUUAAAUAUUAGAGAAACAAAAAAAAAGUAUGAAAAUAAGUAUGCUUUUGUAAAUAAUGAAAAAAAUAAAACUCCUUUAGCUCCAUUGUCUUUAGUUAUAAUUGUUGAAGACAGCUGUAACUUGUUAAAACAAUAUAUAAAAAAGGAUUAUAUAAUAAAAUUAAAUUAUGUAUAUUUUCCAUAUAAUAAAUGUCAAAAAAUUUUUCCAUUUCAUAAUAAUUCAUAUAUUUAUAAUAAAAAUGUUACAAUUGCAAAUUCUUUUUAUUGUUUACAUGGUAAUUUAAACUGUUCAGAAAUUUCCUUAUUUCCAGCCCGAACCUUCCCAAUACAAAGAUUUUUUUUUGUUAAUGAAUACAUAGAAUUAGAAAUAAAUGAUAAGAGUGAAUUGGAGGAAGAACGAUGUAUUAGUAUUGAACAAUUUUCAACUAGUAAUUUAAUUUUAAAUAGUUUAAAAUUAGCUCUUAGUGAAUUAGAUAUAUCAAUACCUACCUUUAUUAUAAUUGAUAAAAAUGAACACAUUUAUCGUGGACAUUUUCAUACAAGUGAUUAUAUAUAUUAUAAAUGUGUAAAUCCUUUUAAACCAAAUCAUAGAAAAAACAAAAAAAGAAAUAAUAAAGAACAAAAAAAAGAUAAUAGUAUAUAUAAUAAUGGAAAAGAAGAAAACUAUAAUGCAUUAUUUAAGGGUGUUGGUUUAGAAGUAAAUUACCAUUCAUUUAAAUUUUACAAUUAUUUCAAAUGUUUCACUUUUGACCAUUUAUUAUCAUUAUUUUGCUUAUUUAUAUAUUUAUCUAAUAUAAAAGGAAAUAAUAUUUAUAAUAUAAAUGUUCAUCUAAAAAAUAUUUAUUUAAUUGAUAAACUACAUAAUUAUAAAAUAUAUAGAUCGGUAAAUUUAAAAAAUAAAAAAUAUAAUUUAUUAAAAAUAAAAGCGAAAGAAGCGAAGCAAAAUUAUAAAAGUAAUUAUGCCAAAAAAAAUAGAUAUAUGCUCAACAUUUAUAGAAAUAAUUUUUCUUACAUAUAUUUAAAUAAUAUAUUCAAUUACAAAAAAAAAAAAAGGCAUUACAGAAGAAAAUUAUACCUAUCUUAUUUUACGAAAAUAUGUAAUAAUUAUGAUGAUAUUAUUCUUAAAAAAAAUACAGACAAUAUGGAGAAUAGUGAUUUAUAUAAUAAUAAAAAUAAUUUUUGUAAAAGUAAUUAUGUAAACCCUCUUAAAAAAAUAAAAACAACAUUUUUAUCAGAUGAUGACUAUAAUUUUUCUGACUAUUUUUCAUUUUAUGAAUCUUCGUAUUCUAACCUAACAAAUGAAAAUCUUAACAUUAAAAAAAAAUCAACGUUUGAAGAAAUAAAUCAUUUAUUUGAUAUUAUUAGAAGACAUAAAAAUAUAUCAAAAAAUGAUAACAAUUUUUUUUUAUCUAUUUAUGUUCUAAAUUUUAUUAAAAAUAUCCAACAUAAAAUUUUAAAUAAUAAUGAAAAUGAGAAAAAUAAAAUAAUAAAUAUUUGGAAAAUAAGAUUUAUAAAUAAUGAUAAAUACAAAGGAAAAAACAGUUUUUUAUUGAAAAAUAUUUUGAGAUUAUACUAUAAUGAAUUGAUAGAGUUAAAGAAAAAAAAAAAUGAAAAAUCAUAUAAAAAUGAUCAAUAUAUUGAAAAUCAUAUCAAUCGUUAUUUAUCUGCAAAAAAUAAGGAAUGGUUAAAAGAUUUUGAAGAAACUUCAUUCAUUCAUUUUAAUAUAGAAGAUGAAUCUACGAGAUAUCAUAUAGACAACAUUUUAAAUAAUAUGUUCAGCAGUAACCAAAAAAGAAUAUAUGAAUAUAAUUAUAUGAAAAAAAAGAGACAUAUUCAUUUAAGAAAUACAAAAAAUAUAAAUAGAACAUAUGUAAAAAAAAAAAAUGAUAAUGAAUCUUAUUACUUAAAUAAAAUACCAUUAUAUAAUAAUUUAUUAGACAAUAAUGAUGGAUAUGCAUAUAAGAACAGUUUUUAUCCACAUAAAAAAAAUGAAAGUUUUUCCUUUAAAAUCAAUAAAAUAUAUCAUAAAUUCUACAAAAAUGAAAGCAAAAUUUUUUGUCCAUUUUUAUGUAAAAAUCACUUUUUAAAAAGGAAUUAUAUAUACAAAAAACAAAAAAAAAAAAUUGAGUUUUUAAAUUCAAAAAAAAAAAAUAUAAAAAAAAAAGAAAAAGAAAAAGAAAAAAGAUUACAACAAAUUAUAAAGGAUUUUUUAUUGAUUAAAAAAAAAUAUUUUUUAUGUCAUCAAGAAGAAAAAAUCUCAAUUUUAUUUUGCUAUUUAGUAAGCCAUUCAAGUAAUAUUAAAACCUUCUAUUAUAUAUGGAAUCAGUUUUUUGAUAUUUUAAGAAAUAAAUACGAAAAUAAUGAGUAUAUUUUUAAUGAUUAUUUAGUUUUAUCAUAUGGUCCACUUAACAUUUAUUCUUAUUCAUGUUCUAUUAUUUCUCAAUAUAUUAAAGCAUUAAAUAUAUCAACACAACAAUUUAAAAUUAACGAAAAUAUAAAUCAAAUUAAGCAGAAAAAAACAUUAAACUUAUUUUGUAACAAUAGUGAUAGCUCUGCAUUAUAUGAUAACUCAAAUUUAGAUGAUUUGUUGAAUCGUAAUGAAAAUAAUACAAAUACUAAUAUUACACUUAAUAAUAGUAGUACCUCUUCAGCUAAUUCAAAAAAUCAUAUUUUAGAUGAUAAUAUAAUUUAUUCUUGUGAAUUGAAUAAUAAUGUAUGUAAAAAUAAAGUAGUUAAAAAUAGCAAUUAUAAUUUUGAAUUAGAAUAUAUUAAAGGAUCUAAAGAUAUAUUAACAAAAAAUUCACAUAUACAAUUAGGAAAUAAUAAUAAUAAUGUCAACAAUGAUUAUAUUAAUAACAUUAAUAGUGACAAUAUUAAAAAUUAUAGAGAUAAUAAUAAUAUCAUUUCUCUAAUGAAAAGAAAUAUGAAUGAAAAAAAAAUUGUUAUAUCGAAUUUUUUUCCAUUUCCUUUAAAUAAUAUAGAAUUAUUUAUAAGUAAAAAUAGUGUUUGCACAAAAAAUGUAAAUGAUCAGGAUGAUAUGAUUUUUUUGAUUUACGAAAUAUUAAAAAAUAAAAACAAAGAUAAUUAUAAUUUUAAUGAUUUCAUAAAAUGGUAUAAAGGAAACAUAGGAAGAGUAUAUACCUCUCAAAAUUUAUUGAAAUAUUGUUAUAAUUGUAUAAAAAAUAGCUACUUUGUUAAUAUUGACGCUUAUUAUAUAAAAAAUAAGUAUAUAGAAAUAAAAAGAAAGUAUUAUUUAAACAAUGAUUAUUUAAAAAGUAUGUUUGAUUAUGUCAAAACUAAUUAUGAUUAUAUAAAAAAAAUAAAGAGCCCAUUUAAUACAUUUUUUGUUGGUGAAUUAAACUUAGAUAAUUUAUUAAAUAUGAGCAUUUUAGAUAUAUUAGAAUGUUCUUAUAGAAUAUUUUUUAUAUCUUACAUUAAUUUCAUUAUGCAUUCCAAAUUAAUUUACAUAAAAAAGAUUCAAGACGUUCUAUCAAAAUUGUUCACUAUUUUAAAAAAUUUGCAUAAAAAAAAAAAGAAAAAAAUUAAUAAUUUUCUAAAAUCUUUAUUAAAGAAAUGUGAUUUGCAAACAAAUAAAAAUGAACCAAAACAUGAAUCUCAAAAAAAUCAAAAAAACGAACAGAGUAAUAAUCAACUUAAUGAUAUGAAUAAUUCUCUAACAAAUAAUUAUUUUAUGAAAUAUAAAGAUACAAACAACCAAACUGAAUAUAAUAGGAAAGAAAAUAAUUUUAAAAUUGAUAAAAGGGAAAGUAAAAAUAAUUUAAGAAAAAUUAAAAAUAUAAAUAGUUCUGAAAAAAAUAGCACCAAUAGUUUAGAUAUGUCUUAUAAAGAACAAAGCUUAAAUUAUAAGAAUAAUUACGGUAGUAGUAAAGAUGAGGACUAUUUCAAAAAUUAUUAUCGUCAUUCUGAAGAUGAAAAAAAAAGAAUUAUUCAUAAUGAUACAAGUUUUAUAAAGAGAAUUAAAAAAAUAUACAAAAAAAGAUAUAAAAUAAUUUUUAACAAAAAAUUAUUUCACUUAUUUGAAAAAUGUGAAGAAUUAUAUGAUAAAAGUGUUUGGCUCUUUAAAAUAUUUAGUAGUAAUUUAAAUGAGAAAAAGAUUUAUAAAUUAAUAAAUACUAUAUUAGAAUCUGAUGAAAAAGAAAUCAUUAUAAAACCGAAAUAUGAAAAAUACUUUUAUAACUUUAUAAAAAACUUAGGCUUAUAUAACAGUAGAAAUCUAUAUGAUAAAAAGUUAAGUAAUAAUUUAAAAUUUAAUAGGAUAAACCAAUCAAUUUUACAGAAAAAUAACUUAAAAAAAAAUAUAAAAGCAAAAAAUACGAAAUAUAAUAUUAGCAAUUCUUAUCAAAAUUUUGGAGUAUCAGUAAAAAUUAAAAAAAAUGAACCAUUAUUGAAACAGUUGAAUAAUGAACAAGGUAUUCUUUAUAGAGAUAAGUUUUCUUUAUUAUUACAUUCAAAUAAUAAGGAGCAGAAUAUUCAGGAAUGUAUAAUAGAUUAUGCUGACUAUAAUUUCUUUAAUCCAUUUUAUAAUAAUCCAUCAAGAAUGUAUUGUAGUGUUAAUCAAUUUGAUUCAACAGUUUCUUUUAUCAAAGUAUCACCAAUUUUAUAA